CAAAAUAGGCUCAAUCCGGACCAUUGUUUAUAGACUAUUCUGAACUUUAUUCUCUUAACACUGUGACAGGCAGCCUGAUUGGCAGCAAAAUGUCACUCUGGAUAAACCGCCAAUAUCUCUGAUUAGGACUUUUCACAUCUCACAGCUCCUGCACAAUUUGAAGUUCACGACCGGCGGCAAGGGGCUUUUUUCUUCAGAAAUUGAUGAAAGUUACUGUGAAUCCAAACACCUGUUAAUUAAUUGAACGUGAUAGGGCAGCAAUGUGUCAAAAGUACAUUACGUCAGUAAUUAAGCAAACGUGUAUAUAUUAGGAGCUCAGUCAGUACUGACGCUCAUUUGUUAAAAUUGGUGAUGCUUUCCGAUUUUGGUGCGCGCAGCAGCAGGUUCUAGUGUUGUGAAGGGAUAGUCUUGUGAAGGGAUCACCUUAUGAAAGGGAUAGUCUUAUUUCAGCAUGAAGAUUGUCAUUCUUUCUGCCGUGUUUGUGGCUGUGGUCUCCGGCAUGGCGCCGAUGCACAGAGUACGGCCAUCUCAGCGGAUACCCGACAGCUACAUCAUCAGGUUUAAGGAGUCUGCUGCCAGAGUGGACGUAUUACGUAGAGUGGUGUCCUUUGCGUGGGGGCGUAAUAUCAAAAUGGAUGUGACCAAGGUGUUUUAUCACGUUAUGCCUGGCAUAGCGGCCAAGAUUCCGGACGACCGCAUCGAGGAGAUUCGUUCACUGGAAGAGGUGGAUGAAAUCUACGAGGACGGAUUAGUCACGACUGCAGAAGCACAGAAGGGUGUUUCAUGGGGACUAGAUCGCCUCGACCAAAGGGAUGGAAUGGCGGCAUUUGAUGGCAUCUACGACCCCAAAGGCAGUAUCAUAUAA